ACCAAUGCUUCAGAGGCAGGGGCCGCCCAGACCCGGCCGAGCAGAGGGGCACCCAAGAGAAACAGAGGCCCCAAGGAGUGAUGUAAACAAGGCCCGACCAGGCACACCCACUGAUGGAGUUAAGGAGAGGACUAGUUCUCGAGAGCAAGGACCGGACUCCGCUCCACCGAGAUCUGGACACCCCCAGGGCUUCGAUGUAGUUUGAUCCCAUGCUAGAUCUUAAAUCUCAGGGAUCCCACUCCCGGCGUGGGGAGGAGACUGCCGGGCCCAGGAUACCGGCACCCAAGAGAAGGCAGAUGUUGUCAAAUGCAGCUUCAAAAAAAUCAGUAAUGUCAAGCAGAGUUGAUUCAUUUUAAGUCCCACUUUUAUCUCUUAACAUUCACAGGUUUAUUUUAAUUUUGUUUAUUCUGUUUUUACCCUAAAGUAUUUUUCUAUCACAUGUUUUCUGCAAAGUGGCCAUUAGAAAUUAUGUGGACAAAACGGCUGUGGAGCAACCCCAUGCCCCUUUCCCAUCACCCAUAACUGAGAUUUCUUUGUUAACACUCCUGUUAGCUUACAGCCACUCACUCCCCUUACCCAUCUUUAAUAGAGCAACAAAAAUGGUGAGCAGUGUUGUUCAGUUUUGAUCCAGAUUCCAGCUCAGAUGAGGUGGGUAGGUCCAGAGGGGCCUGCAGUCUCACACCCCGCACACACUGCUUUUAUUUUGGCUUCUCUAGCGAAUAUAGUUUUAAAGACGUUCAUGGAUGUAUUUAUCUGCUGUGGAUGAUCAGAAUGGACCAGAGCAAGGAACCUGUGGCAUGCAGAGUGUAGGUUUUUCAAACCACAUGUUUCCUCUGUUCCUGGUUCACAACCAUUUAAAUAAAGAAUUACUCAGAAACGCAGUUUUAAUCUUUUAUUUUUUUAAUAUAUGUCCUCCAUCUUCAGGAAAAGGCUACAAAAGUUAAAAAAACACCAUAAGCACCGUGUUGACUGAGGUGGGUCUUUAUAGGAAAGUAAAAGAACUGAACGUAACACAGGUUUGCUCGGCAGAGGGCGCCAAAGAGCUGGAUAAAAUUGUUCACUUUUUUAAUGAAAAUCUUUUUUUUUUUUUUGUCUUUUUGUGUUCCUUGAGUAUAAUCUGAUGCUUUAAAAUAUUUUUAAAAUUUUUUGAUGGAAAAAAAAUAACAAGAAAUUAUAAUGGUUGUAGAAUAAAUAAAAGGUUUAAAUUGUGUAUUAUUUAUAACAUUUAAUUAUGAGACUAAUUAAAAUAAUCUGGCAGGGCACUAUAGGUCAAAUGCUCAUCCUUUUAGAGCUGUAGCGUUUUUCUUUUCUUUUUUUUUUUUUUUUUCUAGAAGAGCUUACGUAAACUGCGUAGCAUGUCCUCCUUUCAGACUCACAGAUACGACGCUCCGCCGGCGCCGCAGUCGGAGCCGAACCGUCGCCCGCUCCAUCACCGGCGCAGUCUGAGCGGACCCGGCGCGCACCGAGCAGCUGUCAGGACUGGACCAUGUCGGUUCCUUUCACCAGAACCGACACGUCCGGGAGGACGACGGCUCUGUUUUGGGUUUGGCGGAGCCGCGCGCCGCUGCUCCCUUUCGCCAGCAGAUUAAACGACAAACCGGAUGAUGGAAAUGUCAAAACCGCGGUGGAAUUAAUACCGAACUGAGAACGGCUUAAUCCCUGACGGACACCAAAAAACACCGCUUACUAGAGGGAUGGCAUUGAACUUCUUUCUAAAGCAGUUUCCUGGAAACCAAAACUCAAGUGUUUGCAGAUUAAUGCGCGUGUCUCCACCAUGGACCACAUCGUCUGCUGCCUGCUCGUCGUGGUAGCCACAGUGAUGAUUGUCCAUGCAUGUCCCAAGUACUGUGUCUGCCAGAACCUUUCGGAAUCCCUGGGAACUCUGUGUCCUUCCAAAGGCCUUCUGUUCGUUCCUCCGGACAUUGAUCGGAGCACGGUGGAGCUCAGGCUGGGAGGCAACUUCAUCCUUCACAUCACACAGAAGGACUUUGCAAAUAUGAGCGACCUGGUGGACCUGACUCUCUCCCGGAACACCAUCAGCUACAUCCAGCCCUUUGCCUUUAGUGACCUGGAAACUUUGCGCUCACUCCAUCUUGACAACAACCGCCUAACAAAGAUAGGUUCUGAUGACUUCCGAGGGUUGGUGAACCUACAGCAUCUUGUCCUGAACAACAACCAGCUGGGUCGGAUCCACGAUAAGGCUUUUGAAGACCCGAUGGGGGCUUUGGAGGACUUGGAUCUUUCCUUCAACAAUCUGGUCUCCCUUCCCUGGAACUCGGUCAGACAGAUGGUCAACCUGCACCAACUUAGUGUCGACCACAAUCUACUAGAAUUCAUUCCAGAAGGAACCUUUGCUUACUUGGAAAUGCUGGAGAGAGUGGACCUCGCUUCAAACCGUUUGCAAAAGCUUCCCCCAGAUCCCAUCUUUGCUCGGGCGCAGGACUUACCGACCCUGAGUGCGCUGGACUCUGCCCAGCUGUCCUUGAGCCUGGGGGGGAACCCUCUGCACUGUAACUGUGAGAUGCUUUGGCUACGAAGGCUCGAGAGGGAGAACGACCUGGAGACCUGCGCCUCCCCGCCUCCAUUGAAGGGUCGUCACUUUUGGGAUGUGAAAGAGGAGGAGUUCUUAUGUCAGCCACCACUUUUUCUCCAGCACACUCACAAGGUGGUUGUUCUGGAGGGCCAGACAGCAACUUUGAGGUGUGAAGCCACAGGAGACCCCUCUCCUGCUAUCCACUGGAUCUCACCUGAUGAUCUGCUGCUUGGAAACUCCUCCAGAACCAAAGUGUAUAGAAAUGGAACAAUGAGUAUCACCAUCACCUCCUCCAAGGAUCAUGGCGUUUUUACCUGCAUUGCUGCUAAUGUGGCUGGAGAAACCACAGCCUCAGUGGAGGUGUCCAUUAGGCAGAUCCCAUUUCUGAGCAAUGACACAGGGCCACUAGUCCAGCCAAACUCCAAGCUGUCUGACAUCACAGGAACUACAAAGAUGAAAGGGACUCCUCAAAACCAGCCAGAGAGAACACUGUCUGUCUCAGACGUAACAACAGCGUCUGCACUGGUCCAAUGGACAGUCGGCAAAGCAGCCCCCAAGGUAAAGAUGUACCAACUGCAGUACAACUGCUCAGAGGACGAGGUUGCCACCUACAGAAUGAUUGCGCCCUCGAGGACCUCUUUCACCGUGAACAAUCUGGUGGCGGGAACCCGCUAUGACGUGUGCGUUCUGGCCGCCUGGGACGACGCUGCCAGCACCCUCACUGCCACCAGCGUGGUGGGCUGCACACAUUUUCUCACCCAGGUCGACUAUUCCCAGUGCCGAUCUGCACGCAGCCAGCUGCUGGGAGGAACCAUGAUCCUGGUGGUGGGGGGGGUCAUCGUGACCACCCUGCUGGUGUUCAUCGUCUUCCUCAUGAUGCGCUACAAAGCUGCAGAUCCUCUCUUCCCGGCUGCAAAACUUCCCAGCUUCUACGACUCGCACACUCAGACCACCAGCAGUGUGCUGGUCAUGUCGCAGCCUCAGAACCAGACGGAGCCUCAGGUCAAAGCCACUCUUCCGGAUGAGCGGGUGGAGUUCAAAUGCGGCUCCCUCCAGAGCAGCCUCACCUCCUCCUCCUCCUCCUCCUCAGGCUCCACAGCCAGGGGCACCUACAGCCCCAACAGCACUCUCGCCAACAUUUUAAGGUCGGCUCCUGUUAAACCCCGCUCAAACCUGGAUAAUCUCCUCGGGACAAUCACCUCGCUGGAGCUGUGGGGGGCGCAGGGCCGGGAGCCAGGAGUCUCCAGCGGCAGCACCAUGACAAGACGCUACAGAGACCGAGUGCCGCUGCUGGACGGAGCGCUGGACUCCCGGCUCAGCCGGCUCCUCAUGCUGGACUCCAGGCCGAAGAAGAGCCAGUCCUUUGACACGGACGAGACGUCGGACAGCGGCGCUCCACAGCUUCAGAGGAAACCUCGCCGAAUCAGUGGGAUCUGGACUAAGAGGAGCAUCUCUGUGAACGGCAUGGAGACGUUAGAGGGGGCCGAGUGGGAGAUGGAAAGUACUGUUUAGGAAAGGCCAAACCGGACUAAUACCAAGACAAUGCAGGACUCUAUCCUGCAUUAGGCUUACCCAGACUUAAGGGAGACUUGACCUCUAGAUUAUUUUGCCUCACAAUUCUCACAGAGGUGGAUUAAAAUGCCAUCAGUCAAAAAGGGAAAUGACUUCAGGACAAAACUGUUUCAAAGCCCACAAAGUACUACAAUGUGAAAUGUCUUUUUAUGAAUAUAUCAUUUUAUUUUGUUCUAUAAAUAUAAAUGGAAUAAUACUGAA